CACUCACAAAUACUGUAGGUGACAUCUGUUCACUGUGGACCUGAAGGCGCAGGAGCCAGGGAGCCAGGUUCCACUAAUACGAAUCCCCGCCAUUUCAUGUCGUCCGUUGGGCUCUAAUCUGCUCCAUACUUCCGCCGCGCGUGUCGAGCGCGGGAGGGCGAUUAAUUAGCGCUUGCGCGAUGGCCGAUAGGAAAGUUUCCGCCUUGUUACGCGCCCGGCCCGCAGCGCCGGUUCCCCCCCUGCCCGCGCUGCUCCUGCUCGGGGUGGCGGCAGCCGCGGCGGAAUGGUGGCUCGGCGGGCGGGUGCCGCUGACGUGGAUCGUGGCGUUUCUGGCAAUGACGAUGAUGUGGCAUCACAGUGUGCGCGGGGAGCAGCAGCAGCGCGGGCUGUACGAGGAGCGGCGGGCGGAGGAGGAGCGCAGGGAGAUGUGGCAGCAGAAACUCCUCAGGGACCUGCCGCUGUCAGCGCGGGAGCCAGCGGACUGGUUGAACAAGCUGCUCGUGCUGCUGUGGCCCAACGUGCUGCAUCCGCGCACGCUCGCUGCCACGCAGGCCGCCAUGCAGAGCAUCAUGGACAGGGAUGUGCCGCCACAUGUGCAAGCCGUGGAGAUUCUAGAGAUGGAUUUCGGCGACGCAGCGCCGCAAGUGGGGCCGCUUGGCCUGUUCUGGUCAACGCGCCAGCCGCACACGCCGCAGUCAAGCGCCCAGCACGGUUCGCAGCAGAGGCCCGUCUCUGCUGCUGCUGUUAACGGUAGCAGUGCACCUGGCGCUGCUGCUGCUGCGGCUGCGGCUGCUGCUGCUGGGGUGGCUGCAGCAGAGACCGCGCGUGGGCUGGCAGGCGAAGGGCAGUCCAGCAGUGGAGCGGCAGGUGGAGGAGGAGGAGGGGGCUCACAGGAAGAAACAGGCAGUGCUGGUGGUGCUGUGCUGGUAGGGAAGGGAGAGGGAGGGACGGAGGAUGCGUGCGAGCAGCAGGAGCAGCAGCAAGAGGGGCAGCAUGAGGGGGAGGAGGAGCAGGGGCUGAACGUGGACGUGCGGUGGGCGACCAGCGGGCUGUCUGUUGUGCUCUCCGUGCACUUCGCCCCUGACGCCGCCUCCCCGUCCGCCGCUCACUCCCUCCUGCCCGCCUCCUCCUCCCUCUCCUCGCCGCAGCCUGGCACGCCCCGCUCCCUCGCCGGGUCCAAGAUUCAGCUGGCCAUUUCCAAUGUGGCUAUUACUGGCACGGUCCGUUUGGUGCCGGUGUGCAGCGGCAGCGCGCUGCUGUGGUCGUUUGUGCGGCCGCCCGCCGUGUCCUUCUCCCUCGCCCUGCACCACCACACCAACGCUGACGCCGCUCUCUUCCUCCUCGCAGGCUUCGACGAGUGGCUGACCCGAGUGCUGUCGUCCUACAUAGCUGCCCGUGCCGUUGACCCAGUCAAGCAGCUGCUCCCCCUCACCUUCCCCCCGCCCGCCCUCUCCCCCACGCCUCCCCUCUCCCUCCCCGUUCCUCUUCCCGCCGUUGUGGGUGGUUAUAUCUCGCUCUCCCUCAUCUCCGCGUCCAAUCUCGUCCGUCCAUCUCGUUCCUCUCUCACCACUCCUCCCCAUCCUGCUGCUCCUCCUGCUGCAAGUGCAGCAGCACCAGCGCAGUCGGCAGCAGCAGGGGCAGGAGCAGGGGCGACGGGGGGAGUAGGAGGAGAAGGGGGCGAGGGAGAGGGAGAGGAGGCAAGGGGACCGGUGGUGGGUCCUUGCAUUGUGGAGGUGCAGUGUGGGGAUAUACGCAGGUGCUCUGCACCCAGCGUCACAUCAGGCACGCAGCCUAAAUGGUCUAAACCUGCUGCUGCUGCUGAUGCAGGGGGCGAAGGUGCAGCAGGGGCAGUAGCAGGAGCGGUGGCAGGGGGGGAGGAGGGUGCGAUGUUGCUAUGGGGCAAUGGGCCGCGUUUCUCCCUCACUCUGCUAGUCUGCGAGCUUUCGGGGAAAGUGGCCGCAGCAGCUGCUGCUGUGGCUGCCGAUGGUGCAGCAGCAGCAGCAGCAUCAGGAGGAGGAGGAGGAGGAGGGGAUGGUAGUGGUGCUGCGGGUGUAUCCUCUUGUGUGGUGCUAGGCACAGCUCAGUUGCAUGUGGCGUACACGGGCGUGGACGGCAGCACGGGGGGAUCCACCCCCUCUGCAGUGCUGUGGGGCAUGGGCCCUCACCGUGUGCCCAUAGUGCGCCGCGUGCCGCUCUCACCCUCCUCCCUUCGCCCUGUCACCAUCUCCCUCGCGCUCGACUAUCCUGCCACUUCAGGGGUGAUUCGCCUCCGGCUCUCCCCACCCUACUGGCUUCCCUCCCCUGCCGCCACUCCCUCACUCCCCUUCACAGCACCACCCCUCUUCCCCCCUCCCCAGCUCCUCCCCUCCCUCCUCGCCUCCUCCUCCUCCGCCUCUCUCCCCACUCUCCCCCCCUCGCCCCCGUCCUUCACGGGUCGCAGCAUCCGACUGACAGUGGUGGAGGGGAGGCGGGUGUGGCAGAGCAGGGACGGGGGAGCCAUGGGCUUGGGCAUGGGGGGAAAGGGCGGGGGAGGAGGAGGGAGUGCAGCUCCGGGGAUAUUGGUGGAGGUGGAAUACGGCUCGCAACGUGUGCGCACGAGGGCCAUCCCCGACGCCAACCCCGUGUGGGCGGACGCCCUGCAGCUGCGCGAGGUGGCGGGGGCGCCGCCCCUGCUGCACGUGCGCUGCCUCGCCUUCUCGUCCCUCUCGCCCUGGUCGCCCAUCCCCCUCGGCCACGCCUCGCUCUUCCUCCAGCCAGCAGCCCUCCAGGGCGAUGCGGGGCUGUGGCUGCCCAUGGGCGGGGCAGGGGGGUCGGGGGACGUGCACCUCAUGCUGGCGCUGGAAGCAGAGCACACCCAGGGGCUAGGGACAGCAGCAGCAGAUGGCGCAGCAGGAACAGCAGGGACCGGAGGAGUGUCGGAUGGUGGGGCAGGCGUGGAUGGUGGCACUGCUACUGGUGGUGCUGCCAAGCGGCCAACCAGCAUUCUCAGGGCCCUAUCGCGCAAGGACCGUGCGGUGUCGUCUCGGCGGCUGCAGGUGACGGUGCUGGGAGUGCGCGGUCUCGCAUCGCACCCCACUGUCGUUGCCGCCAAGGGCAAGGCGCCUGACACAUACGCCACCGUGCGAUACGGAGCCACCAAGCGACGCACCAAGGUGGUGCAUCGCAGCCUGGCCCCCGAGUGGGGCGCGGUGUUUGACCUGCCGGACACGGGCGACGAGCUUGAGGUGGUCGUCAAGGAGCCGCACGGCCUCGCGCUCGCCCUCUCCUCCGCGCUCACCCUCGGCUCCUGCCGCAUCGACUAUUCCGCCCUGUGCCCGGGGUCGUCCCAGGAGUUCUGGCUGCCACUUGCGGGAGCCGACCACCCGGAAUGUCUACUGGGUGUGGCUGUGGUUGUUCGUCAAGCCACACCCACCACUGCACCUGCUGCUACUAGUGCUGCUGGUGCUGCGGCUGCUGCUGCUGCUGGUGUUGCUGGUGCUGCUGCUGCUGGUUCCUCUGUGGCUGCUGCUGCUGCUCCUGUAGCAGAGGGGCUGGGAGCGGGAGCAGGGGCAGGAGGAGGGAUUGGGGCGUCUGAUGACCCGAGAGCACAGCAAGUGGCAGCAGUGUGUGAGAGGCUCUCUUCCGCCAUUUCAUCUCUCAAGGCAACCACCACUCAGCAGUCGUCCGAGCCAGCAGCUGCGGCAGCCGCGGUGGGGGCGGUGGAGGCAGCGGCGCAGCAGCAGCACUUGGCGCUGCAGCAGCUGCUGGCCGACCGCGACCUGCUGCUCAGCCGAGUGCAGGAGCUCGACCACGUGCUCGCUGCUGUGCUGGGGCCCGCAGCAGCACCAGCAGCAGCGGCAGAAUAGCCAACGAGUGGGCUUCUGGCGAGCUAACGCACCUGGCAUAUGGAUCGGAUCGGAAGCAGCAGCAGCUGCUCAGCCGAGUCCAGAAGCUGGACCACUUGCUCGCUGCUGUGCUGGGGCCUGCAGCAGCAGCAGCAGCAGCAGCAGCGGCGGUGGCAGAAUAGGUUAUGCGUGAGCUUCUCCUUGUGUGCAGUUGGUUUCCUUUGAGGUGUAUGGACUGGGUCGGAAGCAGCACCACUCAGCUCACCGUGGCUGCUGCUGCUUCUCAGCCGAGUGCAGCAGCUAGACCGCGUGCUGCGUGCUUGCACUGCUGCUGUGGGGGGCUGGUGGGUGGGGUGAGUGAUCGCACAGCAGAGAUGUGAAACCACAGAGGAGGGGGUGAUUACGGUUUAUUGUCUCAGGAGGAUUACGGUCUCAGGAGGAUUACGGUCUCGGGAGGAUUACGGUCUCAGGAGGAUUACGGUCUCAGGAGGAUUACGGUCUCGGGAGGAUUACGGUCUCAGGAGGAUUACGGUCUCAGGAGGAUUACGGUCUCAGGAGGAUUACGGUCUCAGGAGGAUUACGGUCUCAGGAGGAUUACGGUCUCAGGAGGAUUACGGUCUCAGGAGGAUUACGGUCUCAGGGCGGUGGCCAGUCGGUCAUAGCAUGUGGUGCAAAAGCUAUGGAGUAAGGAGGUCUGAGUGCAGUGCAGGAAGAAAAUUGGAUGUUGGAGUAGUGUUUAAACAUGGGUUGGAUAGUUGGAUUUGUGAUUUAGGCAAGGAGGCACCCUUCAGAAGGCGUUUAGAGGGUUCAUUACUUGGGGUGAGACAUGGUGAGUGUAUCUAUUGUAGCAAACAAAUUUGUGGUGUACCACAUUUGAUUUUGUGACGCAAUCAUAU